AUGUCUUUUAACCUGAGUAAAUCGUUUUCCAAUGAUUUGGAAUCAUUAGGAGCGGAUUCCGCUAUUACGCAUUAUAAGGAUUUUCCAGAAUUUGAUAGCUUAUCACAGAGUCUUGACAAUAACUUGUAUAAUAUAAAUAAUAACCAACUAGUGUCUAUAAAGAACUUGUUACAGCAAUAUGAAAGUUUGCACAACCAAGGCGACGAGCAGAACUUAUCUGUUAAAUUGCAAAAAGUCUCGAUAAAACUUUCAAAAAUAUUGAAUAAGACGACUGAAAAUUUCAAGUCUGUUAAUGAGAUAACCAAGAAAUUAAAUGGUUACCUUAACGAGUGCGAGUCAAACCACGAGGACGAAGAUACGCUACAUUAUUUGAGACGAAAGGAGUCGAUAUUGAUAGAGUUGAUUAAAUCGAGCAUAAAUCAAUUUCAGAAGUACCAAAGAAAGUUUGAAUCUUUGCAGCAAGUAACUGUUGCGAAAUAUGGCAUUAAUGGUGAUCCGGAUGCUAUAAAUUCUAAAGGUCCUACAGAAGAUUCCACCUCAGAAGCACAGCAGCAGCAGAUGCAAAUCGAUUAUGAACCUAUUAAUGCUGAGGAGUUGGAACAACAAUCGUUAUUAGUUGAAGAAAGAGAACGAGAAAUACACCAAAUAUCGCAGGAUAUUUCCGAAAUUAACGAUAUUUUCCUGAAUUUGCAUGAUAUCGUAAAUGAACAGCAGUUUUCAAUUGACAAUAUAGAAGAUAAUAUUUUAAGAUACGGUGGUGAUGUUCACGGAGCGUCCAAUGAAUUGAGAAGAGCAGAAAGAUAUCAAAGACGGUCUGGUGGCAGGAUGUUUUGUUGUCUCGUUAUUUUAUUGGGAGUUGUCGGUACUGUUAUUCUAAUUGGAAUAAUAUUUUAA